UGUGUAUGUGUGUACGCUCGCUCGCGUGCGUGCGUGCGUGUGUGAGCGUGUUGGGUGGAGUCAACCCGGAAUUCUCCAAAUUGGAAAACCGUUGGCACAUUUCAGGAGCACCAUGAAGGACGGCAUCGCCAACAACAGCACGGCCAGCAUCUCGCAAGCCAGGAAAGCUGUGGAGCAGCUGAAGAUGGAGGCCUGCAUGGACAGGAUAAAGGUGUCCAAAGCCGCCGCUGACCUGAUGGCGUACUGCGACGCCCACAUACGCGAGGACCCCCUCAUCGUGCCCGUCCCCGCCUCCGAGAACCCUUUCCGGGAGAAGAAGUUCUUCUGCACCAUCCUCUGAUGAGCCGCCGCUCAGGUGCAGGCAUGGCGUCGCCUGGCUUCUCUGUCUCCACCACUCCUGAAGCCACUGGCCGCGGGCGUUGAGUGGCGUUUCCCCAGGUGGACACUCUGUUGUCGGUCAGCUCUGUCCGGGUGGCUGAAGGUUUCGGGGGGAGUCGGCCACCAAACUGGCAACCCAGUGAGCGUAUCAUGUCUUGUUAAAUAGGUUUGUUAUUGCUUUGUUAUUAGAGAACAGCCUUGCUCAGUGCUUAAUGAGAUGAGAGAUGUUUUUUUUUUUUCCUUUUUAAUCUUUUAUUGUGCUAGAUCUUAACUUGCCUCAGGAAAUGGAAAUUUGCCCAGUGUCUGACUUUUUUAAACAUUUAUACCCCUUUAUCUGAAUGGAGAAAAA